GAGGGGGAGCACCACAAAUGCAGUACCCAGAUAUGGGCAAAGCCACGUGGUUGGUGUAGAGGGCAGGGCUCUUCACUUAUCCAAUAGGAAGCCAAAGAGCAGAUUACGGAGCCAAUAGAAUGCGACUUUCGGAUUUGCCCCCACCUCCACUUAUACUCUCUCUUCUUUUUCCAUUCCACUGCUACUGCUACUGCUACUGCUUCAGAUCUCAGCAUCAGCCAUCACAGUUGAGUUGGUAGAGAGAGAUGGCGAGUCUAGGAAGAUGUUGUCAAUUGGCAGCCAUGCCAUCAGUGUUAUCUUCCACCAAGUCGGCAUUCACCCCAUCUCUCUCCUUCCCCUCUCUCAAUUCAUCCUCCUCUCGCUUCACCAUGUCUGCUGAAUGGAUGCCUGGCCAGCCCCGCCCUCCACAUCUUGAUGGCUCAGCCCCUGGUGAUUUUGGCUUUGACCCACUUGGUCUGGGUGAGGUACCGGAGAACCUGGAGAGGUUCAAGGAGUCUGAGCUCAUUCACUGCAGAUGGGCCAUGCUUGCAGUCCCAGGGAUCUUGAUUCCAGAGGCACUGGGGCUGGGUAACUGGGUCAAAGCCCAGGAGUGGGCUGCCACCCCAGGAGGGCAGGCCACCUACCUUGGGAACCCUGUGCCAUGGGGCACCCUCCCCACCAUACUUGUCAUAGAGUUCUUGUCCAUCGCUUUUGUCGAGCACCAGAGGAGCAUGGAGAAGGACCCCGAGAAGAAGAAGUACCCCGGAGGAGCUUUUGACCCCCUUGGCUACUCCAAGGACCCCGUCAAGUUCGAAGAAUACAAGGUCAAGGAGGUUAAGAACGGUCGCCUUGCAUUGUUGGCGUUUGUGGGCUUCUGCGUUCAGCAAUCGGCUCGUCCAGGAACAGGGCCAUUGGAGAACCUGGCGACCCACCUGGCUGACCCCUGGCACAACAACAUUGGGGAUGUGAUCAUCCCAAGAUCAAUCUUGCCCUAAUCAGAGAGAAAGCGGCAGAGCUUUUGUAGAAUUAUUAUGUCCCUGUGACCUUGGUGGUGUUAUCUGUCUAUUCCUCUAGUGUAUAUCUUCUCUGUAAUGGACUCAUUUCUUAAAUUGUUAAAAAGGCCUUCAUCAUUUUGUUAA